AUGACUGAUUUUAUUGGAUACACUUAUGCCUUUACUGUUGCUUUAGGUGGUGUAAUAGGCUUUUUAAAAGCAGGUAGUAUGGUCUCUCUAAUGGCCGGCUUAUCAUUUGGUGGUUUGGCGGCAUACGCGGCAAAUCGCGUUAGCACGAAUCCAAAGAGUACCGGUUUAGCUUUAGUCGUGUCUCUUACAUUGUUCAUUGUAAUGGGUGUUCGUUUUUAUAAAAGCGGAAAAUUUAUGCCUGCCGGCCUCGUUACUAUUAUUAGGUAA